AUGGUUCGAUGCUUAUUAACAGAAAAGUCAAUGCCUACGUAUUUUUGGCCAAAAGAAGCAAGAUACUCAGAAAAUACACAGGAUCAAAGCACACCAACACCCCAACCUGAUUCAACCAUUCACACUCGAAGACCACCCGUGUGGAUGAAUGACUACUACACAAAUCAAGAACUUUUCAAUGAAGAUGAAGCUGGUCUUGCAAUAUACAUUGCCACUAGUGACCCUGUAACAUAUGAAGAAGCCUACAAAGAUGACAAAUGGGUACAAGCAAUAAAUGUUGAGAUGACUGCCAUAGAAAGGAAUCAUACAUGCGAAUUGAUUGUCCCUCCAGCUGGAAUCAAGCCUAUAGGAGUAAAAUGGAUGUACAAGACAAAAAUCAAUGAACUUGGAAAGGUUGGCAAAUUAAAGAAAGCUCCCCGAUGUUGGUUUAAUAAGAUUGAAGGUUACUUCAUACGUGAAGGGUUCAAGAAAAGCAGCCAUGAUGACACACUGUUUGUAAAGAAGUAUGCAAAGGAGAUCUUACAGUGUUUCAAAAUUUGGGAAGCAACUGGUGUAAAGAAUCCAAUUGUUCCGGGUAUCAAACUCAUGAAGCUCACAACAGGGAAGAGUGAUAAAAGUCAAAAGCUAAGGGUGUUCACUGAUAGAAAUUAUGCUCAUGAUCUAGAGGAACAGAAAAGCAUUUAUGGGUAUGUGCUCCUGUUUAGUGGUGUUGUAAUAUGUUGGAGUUCACGUAAGCAAGAAGUAGUCACCAUGUCAACAACCGAAGAUGAAUAUGUUAUAGUCACAACAUGUACAUGCCAUUGCAUAUGGCUGAAAGGACUGCUUGAAGAACAUGAAGAAAAAGCUGGAACAGUGGAGGUUAUGUGUGAUAAUUGUUCAACCAUAAAGCUAUCAAAAAACCUGGUAAUGCAUCGAAGAAGUACAAAUCAUAUAGACAUUUGUUUCCAUUACAACAUAGAUUGGAAGGAAAUCGGAGUGCAUGAUGUUAAAAAAGAAGCUUAA